UUAUCUAUAUUUGUUGAAGUCUAUAUAUUAUGUUUAACAACUUUGAUGCUCUUUUGAAUUGCUUCUGGAAAUCUAUUAAGAAAACUCAAUUUUUUUUGCAUUAUUAUAUUCAUAUUUUGUAGGAGAUAGUUACACCACCGUGAUUGUUUGUUAAUUAUUUUUUCCUGUUUUGAGUUCUAUGCAUAGUACUUGAAUUUUGGGCUUGAGUGAAUUUUGUAACUUGAUUUACACAUAUGUAUUGCUUGAUUGUAAGACUUGAGUCAGUUGAGUCAUCGAAUGUUUGUAAAUAUAUGUGUAGAUUUUGUUUUAUGACUUGUGUUUUACUGGAUUUAUAGGUGAAGAGAUCUGGAUUCGUUGGACUGCUGAUUUGGUUUAGUGUUUUAGUGCCUUCCUGGAUUGUUUGAGUUAAAAAUGAGUACCGAACUCCUGGAAAUUCAGCCACAGGAAAUCAGAUUUAUUAUUGAAUCGAAGAAACAAUGUUCAUGCUCUGUUCGAUUAGUCAACAAGACCAACCAACAUGUUGCCUUUAAGGUGAUAACAACAUCUCCCAGAAAAUACCGUGUACGGCCAAACACAGGCGUAUUGAAUCCAAAAGGGAUAUGUGACUUUACAGUUACAAUGCAAGCACAACUGGAUAUUCCUCUUGAUUUGAUUUGCAAAGACAAGUUCUUACUUCAAUGUGCUAUGGUUGUUGCUGGGACGACUGAGGAGGAUAUUACAUCUGUCACAGUACCGUUUAAAGAUUUUUUCACUAUUGACAUAGAUGAAAAGUAUGUUGAGGGGAAGAAGCUUGGAGUGAUACUUGUCAGCCCUCCCAAUUCUAUUACACUUUCUCCAGUCAAUGAAAGACUAAAUCAGGUGCAAUCUUAUGAAGUGUCAAUACCAGAAGAUCAAAAUCCAAAUAGCAUUGAAAACUUAAUUUCUCAUCAGACGGUUACUGAGGAUGCGAAAGAAAACAAAAAGGAUGUUGCUGAGGACUUAAAGCCAAUAAUUAAAGAAAAUACUGAGGAGUCGAUGCAAAGCAAAGAUGUCGUGCAUGAAAUGAAGGAUGAAUUAAUUUCUAAAACGAAAAAGGAUCUGGAGGAGAUCUUGAAAGAUAUUAAGGACUCUAAACCAUUGAGUGUUGUAGCAUCUAAACUAAUGGAUGGGGAUGAGCUGAAGUUAGUGAAGGAAAUUGAGGAGGUGAAGUCAAAAAUAAUAGGAUCUGAAUCAAAGUUAAAUGAGGCCGAGAGAAAAAUUUCAAAGCUGACAGAAGAGAAGAGGCUGAGCACCCAAGACAGGAAAAUUGUACAGGAAUUGGUAUUUCAGAAAAAGGAAGCAUCGACGUCCACCUCUAAGGCAGAUGGUGGAGAUAAUACUAAGCUAACAAAGUUCAAUUCAAUGACUCUAAUCAUUGACUCUGCCAAAGGAGAAGAGAUACAGAUUGAUUCUGAUCUUAUUGAAGGAAAAAGUUCUCUUCUUAAAACUAUUUUUGAGUGUGGGAGGGAAUCAGGGAAGCCUAUAAUUUUUGAAAUUGAUGGAGAGGAAGAGAAUCAUUUCAAGUCUCUUUUGUACUUCCUCCAUAAAAAUAAACUGAAGGAAGAGAUAAAAAGAAGUCCUUCUGAUAUCUAUGGUCUUUUGGUUGUUGCAGACAAGUAUGGUACUACUUCAUGCAUCAAAGAGUGUAGCAGGUCAUUGAAAAAUUUAGAUAUGAUUGAGGAAGUAGCUUUGUUAUACCUUGACCCAUGGAGCAUCCUCAUGAUGACUGAUGUUCAAAACUAUGGAAUGAUAAGAUCUGCCAAACAAUUCUUCAUGAAUAAGUUUGGAGACUUUGAUAGUGCCCCUGAGAAGUUUGAUCUCUACAUGGUUGAGGCUGUGCUUGAAAGUAGUGCUUUACAAAUCGAUUCAGAAGAUGACAUCUAUGACCUCGUCGUCAAAUGGUCAGAAGUUCAAUAUCCAUAUGAGCGACAGCGAAUACAAUUCCUAAGUGAAAGGAUUCAUUCACUUGUGAGAUUCGUGUUCAUGAGCAGAGCAAAACUGAUUGAAGCAAAAUUUUUUUGGAAGAAGUCCCUAAAUCAAACACCUUUCCCAUGA